AGUAGCGACGAUCUAGCAUCGUCUCGCGGUACAAAGAUUGUUGGUCGACCGAUACUCCUGUCUGUUGCUCCGAAUCAUCUCGCUUGAAAAGCACGAACAGUGGAUCGUGAAUCGUGAAUCUUAUGUGACAACGUUUUUCUUCGACGCGAAGUGAUCGUGAUCGACAAAAUAAACAAUGACUAAACUUCGAAAAUACAAUCAUCUUGAAUAUCAUAAUAACUUGCCGUUAUCAUUAAUUUUAUUAUCAGCGUUAUAAACAUGAUGAAACAGAGAAGUUUUUCGUGAUUCAAUACAGAUUUAACAAAAGCCGGAAAGUGAUCCGAUAUUGAGAAUACAAUUAAACAACGAGAAAAGAUUUAUUUGUCGGAUAUCGUGACGAGAUUUUUCAUUGGUUUCAUUAAAAAUUAAUGCGUUACUAUAUUUCGUGUUUAGCAGUUAGAAAAGUUAUUAUAGUAUUUCCUUCCUCCAAAGAAAUAACGUUGUUUCCAUUAAAGAUUUACCACGUCCGGAUAAGAUUUGAAAGUGGGAAAUUCUGCGCGUAAAUCGUCUUGGCUUUUCGUGAAACUGCGUUUGAAGAUGGUAAUCUGUAGUUUACGCUCACUUGACUCACCCCGAUCCACCAGAUACCCCGUAUAUGCGUUCGUCGCCGCCGGUAGUCGCGUGAACCGGCAUGACAUUUGCAUCGCAACUUGCACUUGCACAGUCAGCUAUCGCAACCGGUUACGCGUGUGUCAUGUUCAUGUCCGAGGAGAACGUGUCCGGCGAUUGGCAGCUGCGACCGGCGAGCAGCGACGUGGUGGGAACGAUGCACGGUGCAUGUCCCGAGCGACAUAUAAAGGUCCUCGCAGCGAUCGUCGCCAACUAUUCUCUGACAUCGUCGAUCAGCUUCGUUUCAAAACGCGCGACUUAUGUAUAUCGUGCUAUCUUAAAUCGUUUACGUCAACGAAUCGCUACGGAGGCAAAGAUCAGGACCAGUUUCGCAAGAACCUCCAUCGAAAACCGUGCGGCGAGCUUCGAGGUAGUGAAAUUCGUGCUUUGAAAAAGAAUCAGGAUGCCGACCUGCGACUGUCAGAACGGGACUCUGGAUGAGUCGGAGGAGCAUGUUUGUUCGCUGAAACCGCCACCAGUGGAGAAGGACAAGGUCAAGGAGCCAAGAGAGUCCAUCAGUCCGGUUAGGUACAGCGAUGGCUCCGUACGAUUACGAAACCCCAAUAUCGAACUCAUGGAUCAAGACAUAUUGUACCAUCUCGCACUCGGCAGCGGCUCCCACGAUCUGGUUGAGAUGUUCGGUGACGUCAAGUUUGUCUGCAUGGGCGGAACGCCGAAAAGGAUGGAGCAUUUCGCUAACUACAUCAUGAAGGAGAUAGGUCACAAGCUACCAGCGGGAACGACUCUUCUCGACAUCACCAAGAAUUCCUACCGCUAUUCGAUGUACAAAGUUGGCCCGGUUCUAUCUAUCAGCCACGGAAUGGGUAUACCCUCGGUUAGCAUUCUGCUCCACGAAGUUAUCAAGCUAAUGUACCACGCAAGGGUAAAGGAUCCAGUCUUCAUCAGGAUCGGCACUUGCGGUGGUGUUGGUCAUGAAGGCGGCACGGUAGUUAUCUCGGAAGAAGCCCUUGAUGAAAUGAUGAGGCCUCAUAUGGAAUUGAUGGUGCUCGGAAAAUUGGUGCGCCGACCGGCGAAGCUCGACCGGCAAUUGGCUCGCGACCUGAAGGCCCUGGCCCACCGCGAUGAUCCCUACGACACCGUGAUCGGCAAGACCAUGUGCUCAAACGACUUCUACGAGGGCCAGGGCCGCCUGGAUGGCGCGUUCUGCGAAUUCACGGAGAACGACAAGAUGGAGUACCUCACCAAGCUGCAGAAGGCCGGAGUGGUGAACAUCGAGAUGGAAAGUCUCUGCUUCGCUGCGCUGACACAUCACGCCGGCAUCCAGUCUGCCGUCGUGUGUGUAACGCUAUUGGACCGACUCAAAGGCGACCAGGUUAUGGCGCCCAAGGAAGUGUUGGAAGAAUGGCAGAUGCGACCACAGAAGCUGGUCGCACGCUACAUCACCACGUACCUUCAGCGCAAGGGCCGCCUAUCCCUGGAGGGACACGGCUCCUUUUACGUGAAGAGCCCGCGCCGGUUCAAACUGGUACAGCAGGAGUCUGAGAAUUAUGAUUAAAUAAUUCUCAAACAAAUCCGAACACGCGAUAACGAAGAUGCGGUUCCCAAAGUGCGAUCGGACACGUGGGCUCGACUACGAGAAAAAUCACGCGACAGGAGAGUUAGCGUAUUGAAACACACAGGAGAGACGAAGGAGCCGAGCACGGAAAUGGAUUUGAACAAUUUACAUAUCAUGCAGCGCAAUAGGAUAUUUUUGCCGUCUCUUGAAAAGCGCAAAACGCAAACGUUUUAAUUUUCAUGCAUAAUAUUCAAAUUGUUCAAAUCUGCUUCGCCGUUAAUUAAAUCUUCCCUGUUAGAUAGAUUCCUAUACUCGAAGUAUUUAAAAAAACUUUUUUUUUUUGCGGAUGAGAAUAAUUCUGAGCACACAGUUGACUUGUAAUAGUUGAAUCACGCAAUCUUGCCUUGCAUUUUACUGUACGUGUGUCGAUUUCGUUCCCGAAUGUUCAAUUGGAUCUGAAAAUCAGACUUGUUUCACCGACGAGAGAUCUCGCCCCCCCCCCCCCCCCAAUGUAUCCUGCGUUCUGUAGAUUAUUGAUAAUAAUCGUAAUUAAGAGUUGUACAAUUCCUCGCAUUGCGAGAAAGCACGCUGCGCACACCACGAGAACGCGUUUGAUUCCCGAGAGACCUCCGCGAAAAUUAAUCAAUACCGAAGCGACCGCCAAAGUUUCACUGCUCGCUUCGCACGGGGUGACCCAAGUACAAAAUGUGCAAAAUUUUACGAACUGCGCUCGAGAACAAUGCACAUUUUUCACGACCACAUAUCUUUCAAGGCCGAGUUGCAUCAUCCAUGAUUAGCGCGAUCAUAAUUAAAAAAAAAAAAAAUCUUUCAAUCUUUAAUACUGAAUUCUGCAAGUAAAGCGUUGACUGUAAUUCUCGAUAAGAUCAAAAAAAUGCUUGAUACGUGCCGAGACGCACCGAAUUAUAAUCCUUGCUGAGGCGAGGAAUCUAUUUGAGAGACGUUAGUCGAAAUGAUGCAACCAGUCUCGCGUAGUUUCGUAGAGAUUUAAUUUUAGGAUUCACUGGCAACAAUACAGCGACGCGCGCGUUCGCGCGUUUGCCGGAUUAAGCGCACGACAUUUGGAAGAUUCUUUUUGUUUUCUCGUUACAUCCUACACGAGCGACGUUGAUUCUCUCGUAAAUCUUCAGGGAUUUGUAUUGAGAAAUUAGAUGAAAUCCGCUAACGGACCUAUCUCGCGGUUUAUUACGAUGUUUGCGUGUUGCGUCGAGAGCAGUUUCAAGAGAACUUGUAAAUUUAGCUGCGCGCGUUCGCCGACGCUUGUGACAUGCACCCUCCGGCGACGGUUAAGAAUCUAUGUAUUGACACUCUUAGUAGUUUGAUAGCGGCACAUUCCACAUAUAAAGAAAUAUAUAUAAAAUGUAGUCAAACACAACUAGAGCGUUUUCGUUCGACUGUUAUAUCCGUAACGUGGGCGGAGGCUAUGCAUACAUAUCUACACAUAUACGCGGAAUAUAGAUCGAGAACAAUCGCGAUUAUGCCCUAAAUCGCAUAGCAAUUGAAUUAGGAACUACAAUAAUAAGUAAAUACAAUUAAAAAAAAAAAAAAAAAUAUAGAAAAACCGUUUCAACAGACCGUCGUCUAACAAAAUAUAUUCUCCUCAUGUGUGUUCCGGAAUGCUGAAAUUCAGAGAUGCCUAAGAAAGAAAACGAGAGGAUAGAUAAUAAAUAUCUUUUUGCACUCUUAGUCCUUUCUCGAUUUCUCCUGCUGUGACCAAUAUAUGCUGUAAUAACGAGCUGAAAUGAGGAUGACCGAUUUAUCACAAGCAAUGUAAUCGUUAACUGCAAUAACGUACGUAUAUAUAUAUAUUGCUACUUCUCUGUAAGUCAAGAUUGAUCAGUAAAUGUAACGUUCGCGUGAUUUCAAUAUGUUACGAUUUCGCUUAACAAAAAUUUAUAUUUAAAAAAGGAAAAUGAAGAUUUUUAACUGUUUA